AAUGGAAAUAUCAACAAGGCCGUUGCCAUCGUUACCGGAUCCUUUUACUAUAACGAUUAACGACUACUUUCUCUGCCCCAAUCUCUCUCUAUUAUCAUUUCCCAUUUCCUUUCCUUCUCUUCCAAAAAAACACACAUAACUCUUUCUUCUUUUCUUUUCUUUCCUCUCCAUUCAUCCCUUCAUUGAUUUGCGAGCUCCUCGUAGCUCUUUUUCCUUAAAACUCAGAGAUAUCUCUCUCUCAAUCUCAAGACUGCUGAAGGUUGGAUUCUCAAGCUGUGUGAUACUUAUUUUUUUUGCUUAAAACGGUGAUAAAGAAUUCCUAGAAAUGAGCUCAUCAAAAGUUCUGGAUCCUGCAUUUCAAGGAGUUGGUCAAAAACCAGGGACUGAAAUCUGGCGUAUUGAGAAUUUUCAGCCAGUUCCGUUGCAAAAGUCAGACUACGGAAAAUUCUACAUGGGGGAUUCUUACAUUGUCUUACAUACGAUACAUAGCAAGGCUGGUUCGCAUAUGUAUGACAUACACUUCUGGAUUGGGAAAGAUACCAGUCAGGACGAAGCUGGAGCUGCUGCUAUCAAAACUGUUGAGUUAGAUGCAGCGCUAGGAGGUCGUGCCGUGCAGCACAGGGAACUUCAAGGCCAUGAAUCUGACAAAUUUUUGUCAUACUUUAAACCUUGCAUUGUACCCUUGGAGGGUGGUGUUGCUUCUGGAUUUAAAACACCAGAAGAAGAAGUGUUUGAAACUCGGUUAUAUAUAUGCAAAGGAAAACGAGUUGUCAAAUUGAAGCAGAUUCCUUUUGCCCGGUCUUCACUGAAUCACGAUGAUGUAUUUAUCCUGGACACUGAGAACAAGAUUUAUCAGUUCAAUGGUGCAAACUCUAAUAUUCAGGAAAGGGCAAAGGCAUUAGAAAUUAUCCAGUUUUUAAAGGAAAAGUACCAUGGUGGAGUGUGCAAUGUUGCAAUUGUUGAUGAUGGGAAAUUGGACACUGAGUCAGAUUCCGGUGAGUUCUGGGUCCUCUUUGGUGGUUUUGCUCCCUUAGGCAAGAAAGCUAGCAGUGAAGAUGAUGUUAUUCCCGAGUCCACUCCAGCUAAACUUUAUAGCAUAACUGAAGGUGAGGUAAAGCCCAUAGAAGGUGAACUAUCGAAAAGCAUGCUGGAAAACAGCAAAUGCUAUCUACUAGACUGUGGUGCUGAGAUUUUUGUUUGGAUUGGACGGGCAACACAAGUAGAGGAGAGAAAAGUAGCCACUCAAUCCGCUGAGGACUUUGUUGCUAGCCACAAUAGACCAAAAGCAACACGCAUAACCCGUCUCAUCCAAGGGUAUGAAACCAGUUCAUUCAAGUCCUACUUCGAUUCUUGGCCGGCUGCAUCUGCAACUCCUGGUGGUGACGACGGAAGAGGAAAAGUAGCUGCUUUGCUGAAGCAACAAAAAGUUGCAGUCAAAGGUUUGACCAAAACUGCUCCUGUACAAGAAGAAGUUCCUUUGCUUGAAGGCGGUGGAAAGAUGGAGGUAUGGUGCAUUGAUGACAGUGCCAAAACGCCGUUGCCAAAAGAGGAUAUUGGUAAAUUCUGUAGUGGAGACUGCUACAUUCUGCUUUAUACAUACCACUCAGGUGAAAGGAAAGAAGAUUACUUUCUGUGCUGUUGGAUUGGAAAGGAUAGCAAUGAGGAGGACCAAAAGAUAGCUGCUGAGUUGGCUAAUACAGUGUUUAACUCACAUAAGGGGAGGCCUGUUCAGGGUCGUGUAUAUGAAGGUAAAGAGCCACCUCAAUUUGUUGCACUUUUUCAACCUAUGGUGGUCCUUAAGGGUGGCAUAAGCGCUGGUUACAGAAAGAGUAUAGAAGAGAAAGGCUUGACUGAUGAAACCUACACAGCAGAUUCUGUUGCUCUAUUUCAGAUAUCAGGAAACUCCAUGCACAAUAUUAAAGCACAACAAGUUGAUGCAGUGGCAACAUCGUUGAACUCGACUGAGUGUUUCCUCCUGCAAUCUGGAUCUUCAGCAAUUUUCACUUGGUAUGGAACUCAAAGCACUCACGAACAGCAGCACUUGGCUCCCAAAGUUGCUGAAUUUUUGAAGCCUGGAGUAACUCGGAAACAUUGUAAAGAAGGAACUGAGACCUCUGCCUUCUGGUCUGCACUUGGUGGGAAACAAGAUUAUACCUCAACCGAAAAAGAAUCUCAUGAGAUUGUCAGGGAUCCCCACUUGUACACUUUCUAUCUUAAUAAAGGAAAGUUUAAAGUUGAGGAAGUUUACAAUUUCGAUCAGGACGAUCUCUUGACUGAAGAUAUUCUGAUACUCGACACUCGUGCUGAAGUGUUUGUUUGGGUUGGUCAGUGUGUAGACGCCAAAGAAAAACAACAGGCUUUUGAAUUUGGCCAGAAAUACAUAGACAGGGCUGUAUCUCUAGAGGGUAUGUCGCCAAAGAUUACACUAUACAAAGUUACUGAAGGAAAUGAACCCUGCUUCUUCAUUACAUUCUUUUCAUGGGAUUCUCACCGAGCUACUGUGCCAGGAAACUCGUUCCAGAAGAAGGUGGCAUUGCUCUUUGGUGCUAGCCAUGCAGAGGAUCGAUCUGAUGGACAAGGACCCAGGCAAAGAGCCGAAGCUUUAGCUGCCUUAACAUCUGCAUUUAAUCCAUCACCAGAAGGCAAAACCUCAGCUCCAAAGCCAGUUUGCACCGGUCAGGGAUCACAGCGAGCUGCUGCUGUAGCUGCUCUCUCCCAAGUUCUUACUGCGGAAAUGAAGAAAUCACCCGAUGGAUCCCCUAGAAAAUCUGCUAGCAGCACUCCUGCAGUAACCAGCCCUACUUAUGAAGCAAAGAGUGAAGCAGACCCUUCCGGCGCACACGAUUCUCAUGAGACAGCUGAAGGCGAGACAGGUGAAACCAAUGGGGACAAUUCGGAACCGAUAACUCAGUCAUGUACAUACAGUUACGACCAGCUGAAGUCCAAAUCUGAAAAUCCAGUAACUGGAAUUGACUUCAAACGCAGAGAGACUUAUUUGUCCGAUGAGGAGUUCGAGACGGUAUUCGGGAUGCCGAAAGAAGCAUUUUACAAGUUGCCAAAGUGGAAGCAAGAUCUUCAAAAGAAGGAAGUUGAUCUAUUCUAGAGCUUCAUGCACUUGAACAAGUGAUUUAAGUGUUUCCAUUGCAUUCUACCUAGCAAUCCCUCCCUAUAUUUGAUCUUCAAUUCCGCCCAAAAAUCAUGGUUUCAUCUACACGAUGCCUGGAUUACCAUUUUUGUCCGUUUUUCCUUCUUGAUAAACGUACGUGUAAUUAGUAUUCGGAUGGAUUCCGAUGUUGCAUGGAUUACCAUGAACUCAUAUUGGAAUGUUUCGCAGGUCAACAUUCUUUGAUUUGGUUGCAUAUAAUAUCUCAUUUGAUCUUUUGGUUAA